UCAUUUGACGGUUAGACAUUGCGAAAUUGACAUAGCUAAAUGCUUAUUUUAAAAUUAUAUAAACUUCUUUACCGUUUAUUUCCAUCUGAAUGAAUUUAUACUGAUUCAAUAUGCAGUCCGUUGUAACGUUUGAAAAACCUUUGCCGCAUCUUAGCUUGGCCGAUUGGGAUGCAAGACUCUAUGGCUUACAGGUCCUGUCGGACACCAGACGGGCUGACGCUUUCGAUCUACGUCACAGCGCGCAUCAGUUGAGGAACGAAACCCGGAUCAAGACGGAAUGGGACAGCUAUCACAACAACAACCGUCUGCGAGCCAGAGUCUACGAGAUCGAGCAAUGGAGGUCCACGCUCCAAGAACUCCUAGAUCUUCUGGACCGCGAGAUGGCCAGUCUGAAGGAAGAGAAGGCAUCCACCGAGAGGGAGUUGGAACAACUGAACCUUCCUCUACUCGUGUGCUCCGAAUGUCUGUCGAACAGAGAUGGGAGACGAAGCACGGAGUUGACUUACGAUCUUGCUGAUACCGAGUUGAAGAAGGAGCUCUGUGUAACAGAAAGCAACAAGAAAAUGUUGAUAGACAGAUGCCAGUCGGCCUGGGAGAAAAUCAACAAGCUAGAAGUAGUGAAGUUCAAGCUCCAAUUAGAUCUGAACGACAAGAAUGAGGCUCUCCAGAUUGAUAAGGACAUGCUCAACUUGGAUAAGGACUGCGCCAAUAUCACUUACAAGACUGACUCCUUGAAAACUCCGAAGAGAAUGAUAACCAACCAGCAAUGGCAAGACAAAUGCGAAGCCACAAAACAGAUGGCAAUACUCGAGCUUCAAGACACACUGCGACUUCGAGAAUCUCUCUUCGUGGCUCGAGGUCGAGCAAGGAAUGCCCUGAGAGCGCAGACUGACGUCACGAACUACAUGCUGCGAAGACGCAUUUAUGAUACGCAGCGAGCUCGGAAUGAACUUGAUUGGCAGAAGUUGAAGAUGGAAGAAAACAUGGAUAAACUAGCAACGGAAUUAAAAACUAUGGGCGAACAGUUUGCCGAUAAGGUGAACGCGUUGAAAGUGGCUGAAACCCGCUUGGAGACGCGCGGAUAUCGGCCGGGCUAUGAGCUUGCGGCUGAUGAGGCUGAUAUAGGACUGAAGGAUGAAGUGCGAAGCCUGAGAGAAACUAUACGGCAGCUACAAGAGAAACUGGACUGUGCCAAAGCAACAUACAAUGCGUUAGAAGCAGCUUCAAUCAAGAUAGGCAUUGAUUUGAACGACAAGAAUCAAUCUUUGGAGACAGACACCCGAGCCCUUGAAAUGAGAGCGGCCUUAGAACCAAAGAGACCUACGGGCCUUAGCAAGAACCUUGUUCUGGCCAGUAUGGCUGAUGAAGUUCCCAAAAUGGAAGCUUUCUAGACGCUACUAGAAUCUUCUAGAAACACACAAAAAAUAGCAAAAUUGCGCGUCGGGUAGGAACUUAUUCUGAAUUUGUUUGUCACGAAGAAUUAUCAGGUUUCGUUCACGUUGUUGGUUUUACAAAAUUAAAUUCUAUAAUCACUCGUAUAUUGUUCGGUAAACGAACAAUGUUGUUUUUCAUUGUAAUCGUGCGUAAUUAACAUUUUUUGGUUGAGAUCUUCCAAAUUAAUAUUUGGUUAGUCAACAGUACCGCUACAGGAAAUUAAAAUAAUUUUAAUAACUAGAUUUAAUUUAAUAUUUUUGUCCAUUUCAUUUUAUCAUAUUCAUAGUUAAUAUACUAAUUUAUGAACAAGUUUAAUUUACGAUUAAUUUUAUUGAUAUGAUGUAACUUUAGAUAACUUUUCUGUGAUUAGUGCUAAUACAGAUUUAA